CACCUUGCCGACAUUAUCGCUACGUUACAUCGCCCAUGGUCCGCCCCACGCCCCCACCAUUCGACGCCCUCCCCCUCCAGCGCCCCGGGCCACCCUACAACGCCUGGGGGCUCUGGGGGGCCGACGACGAGCUGGGCCGGCUCAACCUCAUCACGCCCGACGUGGUCAAGGCCGCGCGCGACGAGAUCAAGGAGGGCAUCGUGAUCAACCUCAACAUGCCGCUCGACAACAUCCCGCUCAACCCCGUCCGUCAGCGGCUCGAGCACACGAUCAUCCCCAAAGGAUACGCCAACGACGACCACCUCAGCUUCAACACGCAGUGCUCGACCCAGUGGGACGGCUUCAGACACUACCCGUACCAAGACUAUCCAGAGAAGGGACAGACGGUGCACUAUGGCGGGAUGACCUCGGCCGAGGGAUCCAGCAAGGACGUGAAGCGUCUCGGGGUGGACAACUACACGCGCAAGCCCAUUUCGUCGCGAGCGCACCUCCUCGACAUAGAUCGUCACAUCCGGAUCAACGCCCUCCCGCCACUCGAGCUGUUCGACAACACGACGCCGAUCCCCGUCAGCCUUCUGCAGGCGUGCGCCGACGCGCAGGGGGUCGAGUUCCGCACAGGCGACAUCUUGCUCGUGAACACAGGCUGGACGAAGGCGUGGUACGCGCUUGAUGAGGCCGGGCGCGAGGCCAUGCCCCUGAGAUCGCACCGCGCGUGCACGGGCGUCGCGCAGGGCGAGGAGAUGCUGCGGUGGCACUGGGAGCGUGGAAUCGCGGCUGUCGCGUCGGAUGUCUCCGCGUACGAGGCGUGGCCGCCGAAGAAACCCGCCCUGCACGAGGUCUUCCUCUCGGGCUGGGGCCUGCCCAUCGGCGAGACAUUUGACCUUCGCGAGCUCGCCGCCGAGUGUGAGCGCCUGAAGCGCUGGACGUUCUUCUUUGCCUCGGUGGCACUCUACGUCCCCGGUGGUAUUGCGAGCCCAGCGAAUGCGCAGGCGUUGUUGUAGGGGAUAGAGGUGGGGUUGAGUAUGUUAGUGGGCCUGGGAGCCAGAUGG